AGCGGCCGCUGUUGCGCAACAACACCGACGUUAACCGACGUUAAACACAGAGGAAACAGGAACACACAGGGCGGUUUGUAACCAGAGAAAUCACGGCUGUAUUCAGCAGGAGAACAGGGAAAAUCCUCCAGUACAGUAGCGGGGAUUCAUCGCUUCUAAGGCCGGGAACUGGAGCUCAGACUGCCGCAGAGAGACGCUCACUCUCGGGGUGUUUGUUUGGCCGGAGAGGACGCAGAGUGGACACAGAUGGACAGAUGGAAACCCGGGCAGCGUGAACAGCUCAGCUAAGUUGAACAAAGCUCGGCGGGGGUAAACUAAGCUAAGAGACUUCCGGAAGCAUGGCUGAGUUUAAUUUAUCAGCCAACAGGCGCCUCGUCGCCGGCCUGCUGGUCAACCUGCUGUCCUCCAUCUGCAUCGUCUUCAUCAACAAGUGGAUCUACGUCCACUACGGCUUCCCCAACAUGACCUUGACCCUUGUUCACUUCGUGGUCACCUGGCUUGGACUCUACAUUUGCCAAAAAAUGGACAUUUUCGCUCCAAAGAGCCUCCCGGUUCGCAGGAUCGUGUGGCUGGCUCUGAGCUUCUGUGGGUUCGUGGCCUUCACCAACCUUUCCCUGCAGAACAACUCGAUAGGAACGUACCAGCUGGCUAAAGCCAUGACCACGCCCGUCAUCAUCCUCAUCCAGACCACCUACUACAAGAAGACCUUCUCCACCAAGAUUAAACUGACACUGGUGCCCAUCACAUUAGGGGUGAUGUUGAACUCGUACUUUGACGUAAAGUUCAACGUGCUGGGGACGGUGUUUGCGUCGCUGGGUGUUCUGGUGACGUCGCUUUACCAAGUGUGGGUGGGGGCUAAACAACAUGAGCUCCAGGUGAACUCCAUGCAGCUUCUGUACUAUCAGGCUCCUCUGUCGUCAGGCUUCCUGCUCUGCGUCGUUCCUCUGUUUGAGCCGCUGACCGGAGACGGAGGAAUAUUUGGACCCUGGUCUCUGCCGGCUCUGGUGGCGGUGCUGUUCUCGGCUGUGGUGGCGUUCCUGGUUAACCUCUCCAUCUACUGGAUCAUUGGAACCACCUCGGCUGUCACCUACAACAUGUUUGGUCAUUUUAAAUUCUGCAUCACUCUGAUUGGAGGAUACCUGCUCUUCCACGACCCGCUGUCGCUCAACCAGGCGUUGGGGAUCCUCUGCACUCUGGCAGGUAUCCUGUCGUACACUCACUUCAAGCUGGCCGAACAGGAGGAGGGGAAGAGCCGCCUGGCUCAAAGGCCAUAGGCCGAUUCCCCUGUCAAUCAACUGCACAGACUCCUGACAUUGGCCACUGGCUGCAGAGAACUCUUUAUAUAUAUAUUUCUUAUUUUAUUAGUAUGAGUAUUUUUUUAGGGGAGUCAAGAUUUUCAUCAUGGUCCCACGACAUCUUCAGCUCUUCACGUCACUCUUUGCUCAACAACGCUGAUGUUUUUAAGGGAACCUGAAGCUCAUCACACCGGCAGCUGGAAAAUGAAACGCUUUAUUCACUUAAUGAAAGUAAAAAUCAGACAUCGUUGUUUUCAUCCAAAGCAGAUAAAAGAACACGCACAA